GGUGGCUUCUCCAGCCAAUCUGCGCCUGUGUGAGGAGUUGCCACUGGAUGUAACGAUCUCGCGAAGUCUCUAUAAAUGCAGGCUGUUUUAUCGGAGUCUAGCGACUAGAUAUGCUGGAUUAAUACAGAUCUCCGCUUCAUAUACGUACAGUGGAGAAUGUCAGGGCAGUUCAGCUAUGGAUUUAGGCUCGAGAUACUGUGACAGAGUUUUCGAGAGGAGGUAUUUUAGUCUCUACCUGUGAUAGACAGAGGAUUUGCUAUGGAAAACUUACACUUGUGACUGAGCAAGUUCUGACGGAAUUAGUUCUUUUUCAGAUUUUUUACUUGCAAUUCCUACUAGGACAAUAAUAUGAAAUGGAAUUUCACGUGUGGAUUCUCGUUUUCAUCUCAUACUUGGAAUUAACGAGAGGUGACCUUUGGACGAAAUGGUGGACCUAUCAAGGAAUAUCAGGGCCUGACUACUGGGGCCUCCUGAACAAAGAGUGGAAUCUAUGCAGUAAAGGCAAGCACCAAUCUCCUGUCGACAUCAACCCAAAGACACUCGUCUACGAUCCCAAUCUCAAACCACUACGCCUUGAUAAACACAGGGUGGAUGCGGCGUUGAUGAACACGGGCCAUGAUCUCCUGCUGAAGGUGAACACCACAUACGAGCCUUACUUCACAUUUACUGGUGGUCCAUUGUCAUAUAAGUACAGAGUUCACCAGAUAAAACUUCAUUAUGGGCGAGUUGACCAAAUAGGUUCGGAACACUCGGUCGCCGGACGUCCAUUUCCUAUAGAGUUACAGAUAUAUGGAUAUAACCAUGAUUUGUACAGCAACUUCACAGAAUCUCAAAUGAUGCCCCAUGGUAUUGCAGCUAUAUCUAUAUUUGGUAUGAUAGGCGAGGAAAAGAAUACUGAAUUUGAAAUUUUGGUGCAAGCAUCACAGCAAACAAAAUUCAAAGGGGAUAUUUUACAGCUUGGUGGAUUUUCUAUAUUCCAUUUAUUACCUGAAACUGAUUCCUACCUCACUUACGAGGGUUCACAGACGCAACCGAGCUGCAUGGAAACAGUCACGUGGGUUAUACUCAACAAACCCUUGUAUGUUACGAAAGAUCAAUUAAAUAGCUUGCGCCAGCUGCAUAAGGCGCACGAAGGAUUGCCCCAGGUGCUUAUGGAGAACAAUUUCCGUCCACCGAUGCCUUUAAAUAGACGCACCAUCAGAACAAAUAUAGCACCUAAAAAACAGGAACAGAACUGUGGUGUAAAGAAAAUAACAUUUUAUGAAGUCAAUGACAAAUACAAGGUCACAUGAUUGAUCAACUGUAUCACAAAGACAUCACGGGGAUAAAAUACUUCUCACUACCUGAACAGGUCUGCCUGUUCAUCACAUUCACCUUUAGUCUUUCUCUGGGUUGGUAUUGGAGGAAUUCUAAAGGGACAGCUGAAAUACGAUUAUAUAGUGGUAACGGUGCAACAAUGUCGAGGAGUACAGCGACGGAUUUCUCAUCAGAGGAUGGUAGCGAACUGACCAGCCGUGGACAACAAGCAUCUAUAAAGUGUGCUGCAGGGGAAAUCAACAAAAUGUGCAUCUGAGGCUGGUUCACGGAACUAUGCUAAAACAGCGUUUCGUUUUAUUUGAAACUAAUUUGACAAUUUAUGUCUAGUUCAUAGGACAAGGGGCUCUGUUUGACAUUACCAUCGACGAUUACCUUACAUGGACAAAUGUGACGGUACCUUCAAAAGGCAUCCAAAGCAAGACUUCAUCAAGAUAAAUGACGUGUAUGUGUAUCUACUGAAAUUUGAAUAUUUGAUCAGAGAGCAUCUCAUAUUCAGAGACGGUUGAGUGGUUGUCUUUGGUGUCUUCCAUGGGGUAGGUAUACGAUGAGGUUGAGGGAGAGUGGCAGUGCUACACUACGAGGAUGAAUUACAUGCUAACUAUGCAAACUGGCAAAUCAGCCACAUGUGCUAAUUCCAAGAAUUGUUAUUACUUACUUCCAUUAAGCCAUAUUUGUUGUAUGCGUAUUGUGUUAGAAAAUGACAAGUAGCACCGAUAGGUUGUUUAUUGUAAAGGUAUAAAGCAAACAAAUCAAACUGUAUAUUCAUAGAAGACCGUAUCAGAAAAUGAUAUACUUUCAUAUACGACUCCUUCUUAUGACCUUGACUUCAUACACGGUUACGUGAGUAAGUACAGUUAGGUCUGACACAAAUCUGUUUUGUAAGUCAACCACAAUCUCAGAAUUCAAAAUAAUUGCUAAUUUCGUUGCCUUUCCUUCCUGAACAUGCUUCUUUGGAUUUCCGGCUAUUAAGUAUGAACAAAGGGCGAAAAUGGGGAACUACCGUAACUUCAAGUGAGUGGGUUAAGAUUGUAAGUAACAUCAACAGUAUUUCAGCCAUAUUUUAAGCCCUUAACUUCAAGGCACAAUAAAGUAGGUAUGGACAGGUAUGUACGCACAGGUGAUGCUUUGCCUUAUGUUUGUACAGUUUAAUAGACAGUUUGGGUCAAAGAUGUGCUCCUGUCUAAUUUUUCGAAACACGCACUUUAAAAGCGUUUAAAACACUGCAUUUAAACAUUUGUGCUGCAAGUGUGUAUUUUGUGAUAAGAGAUUCGUCAUUCAACAAAGUUUUGAAUCCUAAGUCAUAUGAACAUAAUCGUUAAUUUGUGAUUGUUUCCUGUACUUAUGCAUGGAACCUUGUGUUACCUUGUUUUGUCAUGGAGUAAAAUACCUGGAAUACCUUCGUGCUGAAUGGCGCAAAAGAACGUCUUAAAACGUUCGCUGCAGUCGUACUGAUGAUUGUGGGAAAUUCGAGAGCACUUUGAGGAGGACAAUAAUCAGCUUUGCUUGUUUGGAAUAUAAGCUCAGCACGUUCAGUUAAUUAUCCCGACUUGCGGCCAUCAAGCACAUAUAUUUCUAUUAUUCCUGACAAAUUGUUUACGUGCUGAAGUGCUCGAUUUAAAUCUGAUGACAUUACAUUUGAUUAAGUUGAUUAAAACAUAGGCUAAUAAUAGUAAUGUUUGUUUCCGGAACAACCACAUGGGUGGACUACAAUGCAUGAUUACGAUUGGAGCUUGUACUCAUUUGAGUUUCGAUGGGCAAACUUCACUCAUCUAUACGCUGGUUUGAAAAGCAACACAGAUGGAAGUACGGUAUAGCACAGCGGAUGCCGUCUUGUAUUACUUGAUAUAUGCAUAUAUAAUAUACAUUCAUUAAUACAUCAGAUACGAUGGAGAGCAAAGGACUCGACGAAGAAUAUUAGGAAUGUUCAUUCAUUUAUGCAUUUAGUCUUGUCAACAACACAUUUUCGACGAUAUGAUACGUACAACAUGCACCAAAAUCCCGUAUUUCUACAUGACACAAACAUUAAUGAUUUUAUUGCGAAUAAUAUUAACUGCUACGGGUAUCAUCGUUUGCUUUUGGGUCUUAGAUUUGCAGUGCUUGGCAACACAUUUCAGCUUCGGAAUAUUUUUUCACGUAAUUAUUUGCUCUAACGCAAUUUUAAGUGAAUGUAUGUUUUGCCCGAGAUUUAAUUAGGUAAUUAUAUCAGUUAAGAGAUUUAACAUGUUGGUGCCGACAGGAAAAACACAUCCAAAACAAAAGUAGGGAAAACAAUAAGCACGUGUAUGAAUAUAAGAGGGUAAUGCAGUUUUACUUAAAGACCGUCGCUCUUAGCAUUAAGGUACACAAAUGACCAUGGCCGCCACAUGAGAUGACUGCAUGUGACGAUUGCUGAAUGUAUCCACAAGAUUCAGAAAUUCUGGCAUUGAGACAUCACUCUACUGGUAACAGGCAACAGAUCGUGUACCCUCCUUACACAUUCAUUUGUACAUAUUUCAUAUGACGUUGGGUCUACCAUUAUAUUUCUCCUCUAGAACCAAUAUUUGCUUGUUGAAGGUGUGUUAGGGUUGAAUAUGUAUUGAAAAACUACAUUUGUGGAUGCAAUAAUAUUUCUUUGUUCAAUAAACUAUUUUUCAUUU